AUGAACGAAUCCAUUUCGCGGUCGGAGCAACCGACCCGGGAUGACGGUCUGUUCUGUCGGCUGUGCUUCCAGCGGACGACCAAUCUGUGCACGCUGUUCCCUCCGACCAACAACAGUGUGAACGACGAGCUGGUUCGAAAGAUAUUCGAAUGCACCAACAUAACGCUAAGCCUGCGCGAAGAUCGUGAUGCACACAUAUGCGCCAACUGUAUCAUCCGCAUCGAGUCCUUCUACAAGUACAAAACCCAGUGCAUGGAAAACGAUCGGAUACUACGCAGGAAGCGUGUCUGUUUCUUUGCCGGGUUGGGCCUAGCAGCCGAUCCAGGUGACAACGAUCGUUCGUACAAUAAACGGCGCCGUUUGUCAACGAAUGGAGACGGUGGUGAAGGUGCAACGGAUGAGCACGAGGACGAGGAGUUAACAACGGUGGACCGUAAACGAUACCGGGUGGACGGAACUGUUUCGGAAGAUUUAAAGAAGCUGCAAAAUGGCACUGCUUCGGAAGAAGGUGACGAUGCGGAUGCGAAUGGUGAUGUCUAUGAGGAAGCAAAUCAGAGCAAACAUCUUGCUGGUUCGUAUCAAAUUAAGCAGGAAACUCCCGAAGCGGACGAUGAGGAUGAUGACCGCAAACCGCCACCGCAGCCGUACGACCAAGACGAUGACGAAGAAGAGGAGUACUUCAAUCCGAACCAAUUCCUAGCUCAGGAGACUAAGAUCGAUGAAGAAGCGGUGGGAAAUGAGGCUGGCAAUGAUGGUAGUUCCGAUGGCGAUGCAUUUGUGCGCAAUGGUACUCCUGAGGAGGAUGGGUCGACGAUCGUGCACCCUCCUUAUGAGCGUGGUUGGAAAACGAUAGAAUUUGCACCGCAGCCAGGUUCGUCCGGGUUGAAAACAUUGAAAAUUACGGACUAUUCUAACAUCACCGGUAAGCGUGGACGACCGCAGCGGUUUAUGGCAGAAAUGCUAUCGAUGGCGGCGGGAAGCAAUAACGUGCUGCCUUACCAGCAUAGUGAAGCCGUCUAUCAGCAGUUGCAGCGGCUGAAUGGAUUGGCAUGUGGAAGACUACAGCCCGAUGAAGUUGCCAGGUUGCCGCAGCUUGUGCCAGCACCAUCUAACUCCGUGACGAGUAGCACCGCACGCAGCUUGGGUGGAGUGAUCGAACCUACGAAAAAGGUGCAAAAGUUCCUGGACGAUGGAUUGCGCGAGUUGAUCUACAAUGCAGGAGCUCCAAAUCCUCACUACUCUAGGGAUGGUGGAUCAACGGAUUUCAAAGUCGUAAAGGCACGGUUCAACUCGUACAACAUCAUAUUUGACGACAAUCGAUUUCUGCGUCGCAACAAAUCCGUCAGCGGACUACCGAAGUGGUACUGGGCCUGCAGCGUAACUGGCUGUCCGGUGAAGAUAUGCAGCUACGCCGGACGAUUGUUUAAAACGAACGAACUGUCUCAUACGCACGCACCAACGGAACCGGACGCCGAUAGCAAGUACGAAACUAUUCAACCCGAUCCGAUCGAAGCGGAACAGUUGCAGCGGCAACUCUUGCUGCAGCAACAGCAACAGCACCAGAUGCAGCAGCAGCGUCUUUUACGGCAACAGCAGCAGCAACAACUACUACGCCAACGUCAGGUAGAACUUACACAGCGUCGAGUUGCGGCAGCAGCAGCACUAAUGGCGGCCGCUGCUGCAAACGCGUCGGAGCAGGAUCACGCUAAGCAGCAGGCGGACAGCAGCAACAGUUGCUUGGAAGAAUUGAUUGUUUCACGCAAACACUACGAACUUCGGCUGGCAAACGAUGGUACGGAGAUGCUUCUGUAUGCUGGACACACUCACGGGCUGAUUAUGACCCGGAAGGAUGGUGUACGGGUGUAUCGCUGUACGAGUAUCGUUGGUGGGUCGGAAGAUAUUGCUGGUCGACCAUGUACGGACACGGUGUUCCUUCGAACCGACGGGCGCAUAGCGAAGGUAUGCAAGGAAGAAAAUGUUGACUACGAGAUGCCACUUUCGUCGGACGGACUUUCGGACCGCUAUCGAGCGGCUGCAACUGAAGAGGACGAUAAACGUCGCCGUCCGCAGAAGAUUAUCGUGUACGAGGGCUAUCGUUACAAGUACUGCCAUGCCCGGCCCGAGGGUAGCUUCUACUGGCGGUGUGUACUGCGCCACGAUAAGGACUGCCUGGCGUCCAUUCAAACGAAGCGUAAUCUCGAGUUUUUGAACGUUAACGAUCAACCGCACAAUCACGACCCGCCGGAUCCGUCCGAACCGCACGAGAAUGCGAUGCUGUGCGAGAUCCGACUUCCGGCCAAGGGUGAACCAACGGAAGGAUCGACCGAUUUUAAGCUGGUCAAGAGUGGACAAAAGCGAGAGUUCUUGAUUUACAAGGGUUAUCGGUACUACUUUCAGUACGAGUCGAAGAACGGUCGCCGAUCGUACCGGUGUACGAUGUUUAAGAACUGUCCGGCGGGUGCUUUUUUGCUUCCGAACAGUACGAUCCAGGAGGCGAAAAACUUUAUCCACACGCAUCCACCGGUCGAGGAUAUGGAUAAGUACAUCACAAAGGAUAGUCUGAUAACGAGCCCAAUCAAACAUCCUUCGGAUGCUGCUAGUGGCGCUGCUAAGCGAACAUUGGAUGAAUCGGAAGAAUGGAAGAACGCCCUGGCAGCAGGUGGCACAGGCAAUGGUGCGGGUCUUGAACCACUGAGCAAAGAUCCUGAGGUGGCCCGCCGGAACGGGUACCGAAUCAUCAAGAACUACAAAAACAAAGAGAUCAUGAUCUAUCUCGGUUGGCGUUACUUUGAGGACUACAAGAAGAAGAGCGGUGGACAGGUGUGGCGUUGUUCGUCCCAUCGGUUGUGUCGCGGUUCGGUCCACCUGUUCCCUGAUGGAUCAAUCAACUUUGCCAAGCUGGUCGAUCACAAUCAUUCACCACCGAAGAAGAUUAUUAGCCAUUCGUCGGUUGAUGGUGGGUUUAUGAAGGGAGGAGUUCUUGAUGGUUCUGCCGGCGAGGCUCAGCGGUCUUUAGUGGCCGAUGGAAAUGGUGGUGAUGAGUCAGUGCUAGGUGGUGGAGCAACGUACCAUCGCUACAUCACGCACCAAGGACAUCGGUUUCGUUUUGCAACACGCAAGCGUGAAGGAACCAUUUACUGGCGAUGUGCGAUGCGUUUGGAGACAAAAUGUCCGGUUUCGUUUCACACGAAAGAGGACACGUACGAGCUGGUUAGUACGAGGAAUCAUGAACACAACCAUCCUAUACCGGCAGUGUGGCCGGAGGUGGCUGGUGGACAAAUUAAUGAAGAACUGCCGAAAGUUCGCAUGCCAGCAGAGGAGAUUGGGACGACCGAUUUCAUCUUGACGAAAAAUUCCAAAGGACGCGAUUUGGUACUGUAUCGGAAUGGGCGCUUUUAUCUGGACUAUUCGCGGAAAGAUGGCAAGAUUGUGUUUCGCUGUUCGGCGGUAUCAGGUUGCCGAGCGACAGUACUUUUGCUGCCAAACAAGACGCUGCAGGUAGCGCAGGACUUUAGUCACAAUCAUCCGACGUCCGUCGAUGGUUGUUGGGAUGAUGCGGAAUCGACGGCGGUGGUGGAAAAACAGUCGGCUGCUGCAAUGCCAGAACUGAUCGAGCUGAAGUCUGACGAAGAGGAUGAGGAUGAUCCGAUCCAACCUUCGAGAGUCGAAUCGAUGCUUCCAAAGAUUAUCCUUUAUGAUGGAUUUCAGUAUCGCUUCAUUUCACGCCAUCCGACCGAGCAAAGUGCCUUCUUCCGGUGCUUUAACUUUGACGCCAAGAAGAACCAAUGUCACGCCUCGCUCUAUACCGACCUGAAUGGGGUCAUCAUACAGACCAAUCGACAACCACACAAUCACGAGCAGGGCGAUUAUCUGAUGGGACCGGACAAGUACCACCAGCCGCAGCAGCAGCAUCAGGAACAGCAGCGACAAAACACGCGUGAUCUGAUCGGUACGCACGAUUACAAGAUCGUGAAGAAUUGGAAAAAUCGUGACGUGCUAGUGUUUCAAAACUGUCGCUACUUUUUGCAUUAUGUGCGCAAAGAUGGACGUAAAGUUUGGCGCUGUUCAGCGAUUCGUAGCUGUCACGCAGCGGUCUAUCUGAAUGCGGACGGAACGGUCGACCAGUUCCGCGGGCAGCACGUGCACGAGAUUCGUCCGGAAGGUGAGCCAAGGCGACGAAGGCGUCGGAAAAAGUCUGAAUUAAUGUUUCCGUACGGCGUCGGAUCGGCGGCGGGUGGCAUGUUUAACAAUCCGGCAGGGAUACUGGCUGCGGAAAUGAUGACCCGCGGCAUUGGUGGUGGUGUCAGUAUUAAUGGAGCUGCAGCUUCAUUGAAUGGGUCGCUGAUCAAUGGUGGUGGAAGCAAUUUAGGAUCGAAUGAGUGGAUCGAUUACAGCGAUUAUGGUAUACAGAUGAGCGGUUCCUCGAAUGAUACUGCGGGCGAAAGUGCAGUAGUAGCAGCAGUAGCAGCAGCAGCGGCAACAGGUCGUACGAAUAACGAGAACGGAACUCAUUCACUUUGGGAUCAGUUCCAGCCUGGGCAGAGUGGUGGUGGAAAUGAAGGGGAAGGGUUUGACCUUGCCUACCAUUCGGUGUUUGGUAGCCAGGAAAGCUUUAACACGUAUGCCGUCCAUGCACUUGCACAACAUCACCUUCAGCAACAGCAGCAGCUGCAACAGCGAUCAGCGGCUCGCCUUCAGCAACAGUUGCAUCAACAGUUACUACUGAAUGGUGGAGGACAGCAAGAUCGUGCCUCCACUCAACAGCAACAGGACAACAGUAGCAGCGAUCUGGAAGAGUAUGAUCUGUCCGGCGAUCCUGCCAGCGGUGACGAACAUCCGAUGAUCGACAUCACACCGGAGGUAAAGAUUGAAGGUGAGGAUCUCUGA